AUGGAGCUGAACGAAUGCGCCCGCUUGGUGGUGGCGGAAAAGCUCCCACCACCACUACAACUGCAUCCAAGAUCAACAGCCCGAGCUACGGGUUAUUGGUUCGAUUAUUUGCGUUCACUGUUCCGCCCGGUGCCAUCUGAUCUCUCUUAUGCAGAAUCAGAAUCCGUACAUGCGCAGAGGCUACCGGGUGAAGGACUGAUAACGAUAGCCGGAGUAAUGAUGAAACUGGGCACGUCCACUGCGAAGCCAGCCCACAUAGAGCCCUGCCCGGACAUGCCGACAUCCCACGGAACUGGAAGAACCGCGGCAGAUGCUGCUGACUUGCUGAGCUUCCUAGAUGGGUCACCUCACGUCUCCUGA